CAAGUGAUUUCUCCGUCUCGCAGCGCGGGAGUUGCUGUUUUUUGUGCGUGUGUUUGUGAACGAGGAACUUCAGUAGCGCUUUAUUCACAAUUCUUAUCAACUCAGCAAGAAGCGGAGAAAGAAGACCUUUAGGAGACAACAUGCAGCGGAGUAUCGCAUCCUUUUUCCAGCCGAAGAGCAAGGAGAGCCAGAAGAAGACGUCAGAUGAACCAGUGAAAAAGCCCGCCAAGAGUCCUCUGAAGGUGCAGAACGGCGUCCAGGAGGUCGACUCGCCCAUCAAGAAGGUCGCCAAGCGCAGCCGCCAGAUCCUGGACAGCGACGAGGACGAAGCGCCGGCUGUGAAGGAACCAGUGGCCCCGAAAAGGCCGGCCGAGAAGGAAGCCGCCGCUAAAACGGACAAGGAAGCCGCCACUAAAACAGCCAAGAAGGACGACGUGUUCAAGGCCGUCCCCACACCCCUGUCCCCGCCGCCGGCGCCGCCGGCCCCGGCCACACCGGGGACCCCCGCCACCCCGGCGGCGUCCUCGGCCUCACCGGAGACCCCCGUCACUCCCGGCAGCUCCAUCUCCCCCUCCGCGAUCGUCAAGCGCAAGACCGCGAGGAAGAUGUUCCCAAAGAGGAAGCUGAGCGAUGGCGACAGCCCCAAGGAGGCGGCGGCAGAAGAGGCCGGAGAGGAGCGGGGUCAGCAAAACAAGCGUCCCCGUGUGGAGGCGAGCGGCGCAGGGAACAGCGAGGAGCCCAUGGAGGAGGAAGCGAAGGGCGAGGAGGUUGAAAAGGCCGAGAGCCCCAACAAAGGGGAGGCAGAGAGGAGCGCUGAGGGGGCGGAAAAGAGAGACGGAGCCGCGGAGAAGGCCGGCGACGAGACGGAGCCCGGCCCUGCCAAGAGGGAAGCGGCUGAAAAGGACAGGCCGGACGGCCGAGGCAGCCCGAAAAGUCAAACGGCGAAAAAGCAGCAAGAAGCAAAAGAGCAGAAAGAUAAGGAGCCGGCCAAGAAAGCCCCCAUCAGCAGUUUCUUUGCUCCCAGGAAAGCGGCGGCGAAGACGGAGAAGAGCGAAGGCGAAAAGAAGAGCGACGACGAGAAGAAGAGCGACGACGAGAAGAAGAGCGCCGUGAGGAGGAAGUCGGAGGAGGAGAGCAAAGACACCAAAGGUGAAUCCGCCUCGGUACCAACCGACUACGAUCCGUCCAGGAGCGUCUACCAUCCUGUGGACCACGCCUGCUGGAAGCACGGCCAGAAAGUGCCGUACUUGGCGGUGGCCCGCACCUUUGAGAAGAUCGAAGAGGACUCAGGCAGGCUGAGGAACAUCGAGACGCUGGCGAACCUGUUCCGCUCCGUGCUGCUGCUCUCUCCAGACGACCUGCUGUGCUGUGUGUACCUGUGUCUGAACCAGCUGGGCCCGGCCUACCUCGGGAUGGAGCUCGGCGUCGGCGAGACGGUGCUGAUGAAAGCCGUCGCUCAAGCAACCGGGCGACAAUUGGACAAAAUCAAAGCGGAGGCGCAGGAGAAGGGGGACCUGGGCCUGGUGGCCGAGAGCUCCCGUAGCAACCAGCGCACGAUGUUUCAGCCCGCCAGCCUGACGGCAGGGGGCGUGUUCAGGAAAUUGAAGGAGAUUGCCAGCAUGAGCGGGAACUCGGCCAUGAAUAAGAAAAUCGACAUCAUCAAAGGCCUCUUUGUGGCAUGCCGCUUUUCAGAGGCCCGCUACAUAGUCAGGUCUCUGGCCGGAAAGCUGCGGAUCGGUCUGGCCGAGCAGAGCGUCCUGUCGGCGCUGAGCCAGGCCGUCUGCUUGACUCCGCCCGGACAAGGUUUCCCCCCCGCUGAGAUUGACGCCGGGAAGGGGAUGAGCGCCGAGAGCAGGCGGGCCUGGAUCGAAGAGAAGAGCCUAAUUCUCAAACAGACUUACUGCGAGAUGCCCAAUUACGACAUCCUCAUCCCGGUCCUGCUGAAAGAGGGCAUAGACCAGCUGCCCAAUCACUGCAAGCUCACUCCAGGCGUCCCGCUCAGGCCCAUGCUGGCUCAUCCCACCAAGGGCGUCGGCGAGGUGAUGAAGAGGUUCGACGAGGCGGCGUUCACCUGCGAGUACAAGUACGACGGCGAGCGCGCGCAGAUUCACAUUCUGGAGAGCGGCGAAGUCCGGAUAUUCAGCCGCAACCAGGAAGACAACACCAGCAAAUACCCCGAUAUCAUCGCUCGCAUCCCCAAGGUGAAGAAGGACUCGGUGGUGUCCUGCGUCCUGGACUCGGAGGCGGUGGCCUGGGAUCACGAGAAGAAACAGAUCCAGCCCUUCCAAGUCCUCACCACUCGAAAGAGAAAGGACGUGGAUGCCUCGGAGAUCAAAGUCCAAGUGUGCGUCUACGCCUUCGACCUGCUCUACCUCAACGGCGAGUCCCUGGUGCGACAGCCGUUGUGUCGGCGUCGGGCUCUGCUGAGAGAGAGCUUCUCCGAGGUGGAGGGGGAGUUCGUGUUCGCCCGAUACAUCGACUCCAACAACACAGACGCCAUCGCCGAGUUCUUGGAGCAGUCUGUCCGAGACUCCUGCGAAGGCCUCAUGGUGAAGACUCUGGAGAAGGAUGCCACCUAUGAAAUUGCCAAGCGCUCCCAUAACUGGCUCAAGCUGAAGAAGGACUACCUGGAGGGGGUCGGGGACACGGUGGACCUGUGCGUCAUCGGCGCCUACCUGGGGAAAGGCAAACGGACGGGGACGUACGGGGGCUUCCUGCUGGCCUGCUACGACGAGGACAACGAGGAAUUCCAGUCCGUCUGCAAGAUUGGGACGGGCUUCAAGGAUGAAGAUCUGGAGCAGCAUCACAAGUUCCUAAAGGAGCACACCCUGCCCAAACCGCGGGCGUACUACCGCUUCGAUCAGUCGGCGGAGCCGGACGUGUGGCUGGACGCCGUGCAGGUGUGGGAGGUGAAGUGCGCCGACCUCUCGCUGUCGCCCGUCUACAAGGCCGCCAUGGGGAUGGUGGACCCGGUGAAGGGCAUUUCUCUGAGGUUCCCACGCUUCCUUCGAAUUAGAGACGACAAGAAGCCCGAGGACGCCACGACUGGAGCGCAGAUUGCCGAUCUCUACAAGAAGCAGCAGCAGAUCCAGAAUCAGGGGGAUAAAGCCGACCCCGAGGACUACUACUGAUCCGGCCGCGGUCGUCUGCAGAGAAUUUCAAUGUAAUUGUAAAUAGCUUCUUUUUCUUUGUGCUCUGGUGAAUGAAAAUAAAGGCUCCGGCCCCAUUUUUAAGCAUCCUGUAA